AGGUGCGUUCUGCGUGCAUAUCAUAGACAAGAAAUUGACCCACACUCUCCCUUUAGCGAAGUCAGUGUUGCAUCGUCCAUGCGUGGGAUGCAGCGACGGUAACGGCGCAUUCUCCGCGGGGGUAAUAUUGGUGCGGAUGCAGGCGAGAGAAAAAAAAGAGGGAAGAGAAAUAAUCACACACGGUGCGCAAACGCGGGGAGAUUGGAGGGGCACCGUUGACUGUACUGCUUCGAUUUGCAUCAACAUUAUCUCGCGCUGUGAGGCGUCUUCGGAGCUCGCUUGCUCCCUGAUUUCGAGCUCAAUCUCAGGAAUUUACAGCCAACAUAUCAAGACAAGCGUGAACUGCAAAUAUCAAGAAGGAGAAGUGAGGUGCAUUUCUUGGAAUCCGAGGCUUUUUUUCACUCAGGGAUGGAUGCCUGAAGACGAGGAGUUCGCAUUGUCGGUUUACAUUCGAGCUGAGAAUGGAACGAACGCCCACUGGACAGCUAUGAUGAGUGAUUGCGCCGACAUCAUCUGCAAGUAGAAAACUGACAAACCGACGGGAUCAUGGAGCCUAAAUCGAUGGAGAACGGUGCAAAUGAAGGAACACAAUCAGCACCAUCGGGCAUGGGUCCUGGGGCAGGCAGUGUGGUUCGACCCCGCCCUCCUGUUCCCAAGCCGGCUCCUCCCCCGCCGGUCUCUGCGGGGAGUAUCGGGAGCGCAGCUGCAGCUGCCUCGCAAGCCGCCGUGGCUCGCCGUAAGCUGACCCGGCCUCCCCGCCUGGAGAGCGUCUCAGAGAGUGAGCACAGCGACCGAUCCUUGGUAGACUCCCCAGCCAGUUCCGACUCCUUCGGCGUCAAGUCCUACCUGCACAAGUUCUACGAGGAGGACCCUACCUUCAAGGACCGGGACGACAUCUAUUGCUGUGAUGAUGAGGAGCAUCCUUUGGCUGAUCUGGCUGCCCGUAAGCGACGCCGUCCGUUUGGCUGUUGCUCUCCGGUCUGGUGGAAGGCAGGUGCCUGGGUAGGCCUUAACAUCCUAAUUCUGGCCAUCCUGGCACUGAUCGUGGGUUACUUCAUCACUCCGAGAAAGGAGAUCCUGGGUUACAACGAGGAUGUCGCCGUGGUGGAUGAGGAGGCUCGGCAGUUCAACCGGAAACUGGACUCGGCCAAACUGGCGGGGCUGAUCAUGAUGUGUGUUGGGGGUUUAGUCAUCGCCAUCUCGCUCCUCAUUCCCAGCUUCUCCUUCGCCACCGAUGAUGAUAGCAGCUAUCGAGAGGAGAUUCGAGUGGAUGCUGAGAAUACCUUCCCGCCCUACAUGCCGGUGGCUUCGCAGCAGGAGGCCGCUGAGGAUGGUAUACCAUACACCUCAGCUCUAACCAACGUCCAACCGGAGCGAGCGAAGGGGGAAGCGGUCGUAGCUGGUAAGGGUGUCGUAAGCGUUCAGCAGUGAAGCACAUUCCAUUUAGUCUCUACAGGUGUACGCUCCAAACACCUGAUGUCUAGCGAGAUGUCGGUUGCAGGAAGUGGGACUCACAUUCCACAGAAGACUUGGAAACGAAAUGGGAAGCUCCUUGCUUUCAUAACGGUCUACAACCCAUGAACCGGAGAAAAUAUUGUGGGAAAAUCUGACAUUCCAGCCUGACUUCUCGCUGUGGGGAUUGUGAGAAACAGAGAUGCGUCGUACGAGGACAGGCCAUUGCUGGAUAAAUCAGUCAGUUUGAGAAGUUUGAUUUUCUCUGAACAUAUAGGCUUUGAAAUUUUACCCUUGAUUUCAUUUUAGACACAUUCCUAACUUACGUUUUACCAUCGUGCAAUCAUUGUAGAAGACGAGAAGAUUCUGAAAUAACAGCUAGCUGUCGCGAUGACAUGAAAUCUUGGAUUAUAAGCAAGUUGGCCUACGAUUCUCAAAUGCGAGAAUUGGAUUAAUUUUUAUGAAAUCCAAAAUGACAUUACAAGAUGACGAGAAGAUUCCCCGUUCCUAAGGUUUUUUUUUGGCAAUGUUUCUGGUAAUGGGUUGAUUCUUCAACGUACAAAACCUGUUCCUGUAGAGCCAAUCUUUGGUAAUACUAAAUGCUUUCCACAGAUGAAGCCCUCACUCAUUUCCUAACCUGUAGGCUUGUAUUUCCGACAUCACUAACUGUCGAUUACGCGUAGGAUGCUCGAGAUAUCAUAAAAACACAUUAUUUCUGUGUAUAGUUCUCCCACAUACGUAUAACCGUCCAGUUGUAAUGACAGAAACCCAACUGCCAGCUAGCCUGUUUGGCUUAACUGCCUGCUUUGCGAACCGGCGAGCCGAAUCACGUGUUUUCCUGAAUGUUUGGUUUAAGACGUCAAAACCAAUAAAGUCAUUUUGAUAUAUCAAAUUUCAACAUUUUAUCCCAUAUUCAUGGAUACCGAGUUUUAAAAAACACAAAUGUGAUGAUAAUUAUAUCGAUAUUUCAGGUGUCUUUUCUACACACACAAAAGUAGAAUCAACGUUAGAAAGAGGUGUGUCAUGUUAUUAUUGAAUGACGUUGAUGGCUAAAAAGGAGCAGGAACCGACAUCAUGAGCAACUAUAAAUUGGAGAUUCGAUUGUGUGUUGAUAUACACAUUAAUAUUAUGAUGAUGGUUUUCGAACCAGUCUUUGUAAGUAUGUUAUUGUUGUUUUGGAUGCUUUGCAAUAUGAGUUCGUGCAUAAAUUUCGUACCGUGUGUUUUAUCUGA